AUGGCACCAAGACCUCCUCCUCAACCUACCGAGCAUGAUGCACCCGACAACAACAGAUUAUUAGAAUCUGUAAUAGAAGCUUUACAGCAGCAGAACGCUGCCUUGGUGCAGCAAAACACGGCCGCUUUGCAGAGUUUGAAAGCCGCACGAGCCAACUCUGAAGCGACCCAACGACAGUUGAUGGAGAUUAUCGCGACCACCAGGAACACCUCUGGAGCGUCCACUUCCAAUGCUAUCCAUCAGACCGAGUGGAGCUUGGAGAGUUUUCUCCAACAUCACCCAGUCAAAUUCAACGGAAAGUGCCUUCCUGAUGAGGCAGAUCAGUGGCUGCGUGAUAUGGAGCGGAUCUACAAUGCCAAGAGGUGUCCUGAUGAUAAUAGACUGGAGUUCACAAAAUAUCUCUUAACUGGGGAAGCCAAUCAUUGGUGGACGAGCAUGAAGAUGAUACUAGCGGAUGCUCAAAGUCCUAUCUCUUGGGAAGUCUUCAGAAGCAAGUUCAAUGAGGAGUAUUUUCCUGAUAGCGUCCGUUUUGCCAAAGAGGUGGAGUUUCGUCAGCUAGUGCAAGGUGGGAUGUCCGUUUUGGAAUACACCAACAAGUUCAAGCACUUAGUGAGAUUCAACACUAUGGUCACCAGUGAGGAAUGGCAGUGCAAGGUAUUGGAGAAGAACGUGGUAGAGGUAGAACAACAGAAGAAGCAACAACAGGUGGUGAGGGGACCGGUAUUGUCUAGAGGCAAUACGAAUUUGAGAAGGAAUCCUUACGCUCGUCCAACACAGCCAUCGAAUUCAAGCGGGUCUCAGGCAGUAGUUGCUGUCAGACGGUCUGGACCGCAAGGGACCGUAACAUGUUUUCAGUGUGGAGGACCACACUACCGUUCGUCGUGUCCUCAGUUAGUAGGGGGAAAGUAUUGCACUCGCUGCAGGAGGAACGGACAUUUUUAG